GAAUGAAAACUGCAGGAAACCUGUAAAGGACUGAAUUUCUAGGGUCGUGAAACAUCACCAGAGAGCAGUGCACAAUGUCAGCGGCAGGAGUUGCUGCUCAAGAGAUAAGAGUUCCAUUAAAAACUGGAUUUCUUCACACUAGUCAAGGCAUGGGGAGUCUGAAAACCUGCUGGGGUAGCCACAGUGGAUUUGAAAAUACUUUCUUUAAUAUGGACCCUAUAGCAGUGGCAUAUAAUUUGAAUCAGUCAACAGAGCAGCAUUUACCAUCCGUUGGGCACUCUUCCAACCAUGCUUCAAUGAGUGACCACAUCUUUGCAGAAAGUUGUAUCCAAAUCCCAUCUCAGAAAUCCAGUCCACCUCCUGUAAGCCCCAAAAAUGAAGAGUCAAUUUCAGGAUAUGAAGACCAUCUCAUUCCUGGUUUUAGUAACCUGUCAUUAACCGUGGGCUGUGUUUCUGAAGAAACACCUCCUCACAUGCCAAUAAAAAACGGGCCAAUUCAAUUCCUAUCUGCAUCUUCGAAUGACCGUAGCUCAAGGCCACUACCACCUCUGCCUAUUUCUGAAGACCUUACUCCAGAUGACGUUGACAAAGAAGUGGAGUUUCUGACUAGCUCGGAUACUGACUUUUUGUUAGAAGAUUGUGAACUUCCUCCUUUCAAAUCCAGUGCUCCAGGCCGGCGGAGCUUUAGGGGCUGUGGACAAAUCAACUAUGCAUACUUUGAUACACCAGCAGGACCAAAACCCCAAGAUGCCAACCCUGCACAAAGCAUAAAUGGAUACAUAUACAGUAUUUAUCCUCCUCCACAGCAGCUGCAUCGACGUUUACGAAGGUCUCAUUCAGGGCCAGCUGGAUCUCUUAAUAAACCAGUAGUAAGACUAUCUGGACACUUAAACAGGUCUUCUCCAAACUCUGAUGAAGAUAAACCAGAGAUUCCACCAAGGGUUCCCAUACCUCCAAGGGCUCUCAAACCAGAUUACAGAAGGUGGUCAGCAGAAGUUGCUUCUAGUGCCUACAGUGAUGAAGACAGACCCCCAAAGGUGCCCCCAAGAGAACCUUUGUCACGCAGCAAUUCCCGUACGCCGAGUCCCAAAAGCCUGCCAUCAUACCUCAAUGGGGUUAUGCCCCCCACCCAGAGUUUUGCACCUGAUCCUAAGUAUGUCAGCAGCAAAGCUCUACAAAGACAAAACAGUGAAGGAUCUUCCAACAGGGUCCCUUGCAUUCUUCCGAUUAUUGAAAAUGGUAAGAAGGCCAGUUCAACGCACUACUAUCUGCUGCCUGAAAGGCCUCCAUAUUUGGACAAGUAUGAGAAAUUCUUCAGAGAAGCAGAAGAAAGUAGCUCUAGCACAGAGGUUCAGUCGUGGUCUGGUGACUGCACAGCUACUUCAGCCCCAGUGAAACUAGAGUCAAAACCUAGAAUGGACAUAGCUGGUCAUCUGAAACGAAAACACCUGUCUUACGUGGUUUCCCCAUAGUCUCUGGGAGUACAGUCUCAGCUCAGUUUUUCAGGAUGGAGCUGAACUUCAUCAUGUUACAAAGUUCUUAAGGUUCUCAGAUAAUGAAGUAGGACUAGUUAGUUUGUCCUCUGAGAAUUGGAAAGCAGAUGAUAAAGUCCCCUGAUGCUGCGUAUCUCUGAUAUGUUUCUUAAUACUGUUUUUUGCCUUGGUAUGUGUAGCUGAAACCUACAAAGAUUCCAUAGAAACAU